AGGCUUUUGGCUAUAAUGGGUCCUUCUGGGUCUGGAAAAUCCACACUUCUUGAUGCUUUAGCAGGAAGAUUAAGCUCAAACAUAAAGCACACAGGAAAUAUUCUAAUCAAUGGCCACAAACAAGCACUGGCUUAUGGAAUAUCAGGUUAUGUAACACAAGAUGAGGCUAUGCUGUCAACGUUAACGGCCGGUGAAACUUUAUACUAUUCAGCUCAGCUUCAAUUUCCAGAUUCCAUGUCCAUAACAGAAAAAAAGGAGCAAGCAGAUCUUAUACUCAGAGAAAUGGGCCUAAUAGAUGCUGUUAACACAAGGGUUGGAGGAUGGAGUUCUAAAGGUCUAAGUGGAGGACAAAGGAGGAGACUUAGCAUUUGCAUCGAGAUUCUAACGCGACCGAGACUUCUCUUCCUUGAUGAACCGACGAGCGGACUCGAUAGUGCAGCUUCUUAUUAUGUUAUGAGUAGGAUCGCGCGUUUAAAUUUAAGCGACGGCGUUCGAAGGACUGUUGUUGUAUCCAUCCACCAACCUAGCAGUGAAGUUUUUGAACUUUUUCAUGACCUUUGUCUUCUCUCUUCUGGUGAAACUGUAUAUUUUGGUCCAUCCUAUGAUGCAAAUCAGUUUUUUGCUGCAAAUGGCUUUCCUUGUCCAACACUCCACAAUCCUUCUGAUCACUAUUUAAGGAUAAUAAACAAAGAUUUUGAAAUGGAUGAUGAUGUUGAAGAAGGCUUUGGUAAGGGAGUUACCACAGAAGAAGCAAUUGAUAUCCUUGUAAAGUCUUACAAAUCAUCUCGAAUUAGAAAACGAGUUAAAAAAGAAGUUGCGAAAAUAAGUGUAAGUGACUCUGGUGCAAUAGGGAAGAAAAGGAUUCAUGCUGCAUUUAUCACUCAAUGUCUUGUUCUUAUAAGAAGAUCUUCUUUGCAAUUGUUUCGAGACGUAGGCAACUACUGGCUACGUUUAGUUGUCUUUGUUAUAAUUGCUAUAAGCAUUGGUUCUAUCUUCUAUGGCAUUGGUUCAACUAGUGGAUCAGGAUCUAUUCAGGGAAGAGGUUCACUCCUCACAUUUCUUAUUUCAGUUCUCACUUUCAUGACCCUUGUUGGUGGAUUCUCUCCUCUCUUGGAGGAAAUGAAGGUAUUUGAACGAGAGAGAUUGAAUGGACACUAUGGUGUUAGUGCUUUCCUGAUUGGAAAUAUAUUCUCAGCUGUUCCUUACAUUCUAAUGAUCUCUCUAAUUCCUGGAGGAAUAGCAUACUACCUUUGUGGAAUGCACAGAGGACUAGAACACUUUGUAUACUUCAUUUCAUUGCUAUUAGCCAUUGUGAUGUGGGUUGAAAGUCUCAUGUUGGUUGUUGGAAGCAUAUCACCAAACUAUGUAAUAGGAAUGUUCAUUACCGGUGGAAUUGAAGGACUCAUGAUAUUAACAGCUGGGUUCUAUAGAUUACCAAAUGAACUUCCCAAACCACUAUGGAAAUACCCUUUAUACCAUAUAUCAUUUCUUAAGUAUGCAUUUCAAGGAUCAUUCAAGAAUGAAUUUGAAAAGUUGAAUGUUUCUAUGGGGACAAAAACUAUGAGUGGUAGGGAAAUAUUGGAUGAGACAUGGCAUGUUGAAAUGGGUUACUCAAAGUGGGUUGAUCUUGUUAUCAUGUUUGGUAUGAUUGUGUUGUAUAGAGUUUUGUUCUUGGUCAUCACUAAGAGUAAGGAGAAGUUGAAGCCUUUUGUUGCACUCAUAAGUAGUCUUUGA